AUGCCUUUUUUAAAUCAAGAAGUGUUAUUAAAAAUUAAGGAGGUUAAGAUCAUCAAGGAUAAUUAUGUAACCAAGACGCACCUGGAAGAGCUAAAGAAAGAUAUAUCUUUCUUAAAAACAUCCACAUCACCAGCUCAUCAUCAUAGGGUAGGUAGAAGGUACAGUGCCUUCUUGUUAGAUGUGGGUACUACGUUCGGCGACAGUGGGCCGAUGGGCUUGUCACACGAGUUAUCAACAGCUGAUGUACCGUUACAAACAACUGACGUACAGACAGAGACGGAAAAGACAGCUAUCGCACAAGUAGCUAGUCGUGCUCGUGAUAGUGUCGAUGCACUCGCACCUGUGUCAGAUAUGCAUAAGGCUGACCACUUUACAUCUGGAGGCGUGACUGCUUAUAACGGUGCGGAUGGGCGGCAAUCAUUCAGCUCAGGAGGCACUAAAGUAACUCCUAUUCCAAUGCACAACUCACCGAGUAAAAGCAGGAUGAAUGAUGACAAAACAAUUGUAGUGAAUAAGUCUACUAACAAUAAUAACGCAAUAAAAGAUACAUCUUGUGAUGUUAAUUUUCAGACUUCGCUAACUAUGGCCGAAAUAUUGAAAAAAAGGUGA